CAACAGCAAAAGCUACACCAUUUCCAGCACACAGCGGGUACCCAUCUCAGAGAGAGACGCCUCCUUGGAGGCGGUGGGUGUGAAAAGGAGGAUGUGAGAGGAUUCUCUUCUACAUCAUCAUUUAGGCAGAAGAUACUGGGAACAAGGAGCGCGAGCGAACGGAUGCUUGCAAAGUGGCAUUCAGGAGUGCGGGAGCAUCCCUUUCGUGCCCAGCGGUACCUACAAGGCUUGAGCAGCUACCGACUGACACUAAAGAAUUACCCCUUUCUUUCCUAUUUCCCGUUGUCAUUGCUUUUCCGCGUUUACAUCUUGCUCCCUGAGUUUUUCUCUCACUUUCAUUUUUUUCAGUCUUGCAUCAUCCCUCCUCUUCUCCAUCAUCCACUGUGUUUGUCCUCUUUCCCUCCACACUGGCAAAUUACUCCCCACACUGUUUGAGCUUGUAGACUCUUAGGCAUGAGAGGAUAGGACUGAAAUGGGAUUGACUCCUCAGAGUCACCUACACUUGUGCCAGCAGCCACGUCUUCUUCUCUCCACUGUCUUGAGUACGUUCUUCCCUAAACACUCAAACUAAAGAACCAGGCUAUGGCCCAGGCCCAGCACCAAUCGCAACCUAGGACUCAGUGCAAGACCUGUGGUGACACCGGCACCUGUCCCCUCUGACUUUUCUUCCUCUAUUCUUGGCCAACUGGCCCCGGUGCUCCAUGAGGAGAGAAAAUAUUACUUGGGUGAGUGAGUUCAUUCUAAUGGGUCUCUCCAGUGAUAAGCACAUCCAAGCUGGACUCUUUGUCCUCUUUGGGGUCACGUACCUGCUGACCCUGCUGGGCAAUGGACUCAUCGUCCUCCUGAUUGCACUGGACCCGCGACUCCACCUGCCCAUGUACUUCUUCCUCUGCCACCUUUCCGUGGUAGACAUCUGCUACACCUCCAGCGGGGUCCCUCAGAUGCUAGCCCACUUCCUCAUGGAGAAGAAGACCAUCUCUUUCACCCUAUGUGGGACCCAGCACUUCUUUGCUCUGGCCCUGGGAGGGACUGAGUUUCUGCUGCUGGCUGCCAUGGCCUAUGACCGCUAUGUAGCUGUGUGUGAUCCACUACGCUACACAGUGGUGAUGAGCCCAAGGCUCUGCAUGCUUCUGGCAGGUGUCUCUUGGUGUGUGGGCGUGGUGAAUUCUGCCGUGGAGACAGCAGUCACCAUGCGCCUUCCCACCUGUGGGCACAAUGUGCUCAACCACGUGGCCUGUGAGACCCUGGCACUGGUCAGGCUGGCCUGUGUGGACAUCACCCUCAACCAGGUGGUGAUCCUGGCCUCCAGUGUGGUGGUGUUGCUGGUGCCCUGCUGCCUGGUCUCUCUGUCCUACGCCCACAUUGUGGCUGCCAUCUUGAGGAUCCGCUCCACCCAGGGACGCCGCAGAGCCUUUGAGACCUGUGCCUCCCACCUGACUGUGGUCUCCAUGUCUUAUGGGAUGGCCCUCUUCACGCACAUGGAGCCCCCUUCCACAGCCUCUGCUGAGCAGGACAAGUUGGUAGUGGUCUUCUAUGCUGUGGUCACCCCCAUGCUGAAUCCUCUCAUCUACAGUCUCAGGAACAAGGAUGUGAAGGCUGCUCUGAGUCGAGUUCUGAGGAAGAGCUUUGAGUCGAAGAAUUAGGAAGCAGCUCUGUAAAGGAGCCAUCUGUGUUCGUGGUGGGCGUUGGGGUACGUAGCUCCUCGUGGUGCACAUGUAUGGGCGCACAUGGAAGGGUGUGUAUGCGCACAUGUACACAUGACAUGAGACUACCACACAUACACACUCCUUUGAGAUAAAGCAGAGCUAAGAUUUUUGCCUCUGGUAACUUCCUCAUCCCAAAGACAGUGACAGAAAAGAGAAAAGACACAGCAGAUAUACCAAUCAGAAAGGAGGGUUGCUCUAAUCAGACAUCCCCACAAUUUAUGUUAAGAUCCUUGUCGUGGCUAAAAUGUCUAAACAUGUAGAAGUCAGACAGAAAGGAGGAAGAAGUAAGUGGCAAAUUAAAAUAAUUCUCUGAGCUAAUGGAUCAAGUCGGCCCUAAGACACAAGAAUAAAUGUCGUACGACUCCCACUUGAUGCAGCCCAUCUGACUACGGUGCGGAACUCACACAGAUCAGGAGCCAAAGUCACACUCGUGAUCCCCGACAGCCCUAGUGAGUAAGCUUCGGUCGUGUGCGCAUCCCAAGGGCUUCAAUUGCCUUCUUUCUGUUUUCAGCUUGCAGGGAGGGCAAUCGGCAGGCCAGAGAGGCACCAGAUCAGGGACUCCAACGGAAGCGCUGUGUUCAAUAGGCACAUUCCCCUUACGAAAAUCCGGGAUGCAUUCAAAAGCUGUGCUUGAUUUUAAGGACACGCCACGCGUGAUCAGGGGUGAGCCACCGUGUGCAGCACGUGUGCGGGAGCAUCUUCUAACAUUUUGGGGAAUAAAGAAAAGUGGUGGUGACUGGAUGCUCACAAAUGUUUAAAACAACUCUUUGGAUGUAAAUUAGAUAUCUGUUCUCCAGGAGCUGGAGAGACAGCUCGGUGGUGAAGGACACUUCUUCUUAGAAAGAACCUAGGUCCCACGCCCAGCUCACGUAUCAGCUCACCACUAUCGGCAACUCCAGUCCCUUGGGAUCUGACACCGUCUUCCUACCUCUGCUGACACUGCACACCUAUACAGGCAAAAUGCCCAUAUGCACUUUAUUUCUUCUUAAAAGAGAAAAGAAAGCUUUUUUGUUUGGUUGGUUGGUUUGGUUUGGUUUUUGAGACAGGGUUUUUCUGUAUUGUUUUGGAGGCUGUCCUGGAACUCGCUCUGUAGACUCACAGAGAUCCGCCUGCCUCUGCCUCCCAAGUGCAGGGAUUAAAGGUGUGAUCCACCAACGCCCGAGUAAGAAAGCCAUUUUUUAUUCUGAAUAUUAGAGAUCUAAAGUCGGUUGUGUCAAUAAAACAAGCACAAACCAUAAAA